AUGGAUGACUAUAACUGGAACUACACCUUUCCAGACUUCUUCAAUUUCACAGUUUCCCCUGACAUCCAGAAGCCAAAGAUUCAGCCGAUCCAGAUCGUCGCACUGACCUUCUACGCCCUUGUUUUUUUGUUGGGUGUUCCUGGGAAUGCCAUAGUGGUAUGGGUGACCGGUUUCAAAAUGGCCCCUUCGGUCACAACCAUCUGGUUCCUUAACCUUGCACUGACUGACUUCCUGUGUUGCCUCUCACUUCCUCUUCUCAUGGUGCCUCUGGCCCAUGAUGACCAUUGGCACUUUGGCUCAAUGGCAUGCACAUUGAUCAAAGGCCUUUUCUUCUUGGUGAUGUAUUGCAGCAUCCUGCAACUCGUCUUAAUAAGUCUGGAUCGUUGGUUGCUGGUGGCCAGGCCUGUGUGGUGCCACAACAACAGGAGACUCAAGUUUGCUGUCCUGAGCUGUGUUGGAGUGUGGUGCCUGGCCUUAAUAGGUAGCAUCCCUCAAUUUAUAUACGCUCAGGAGAUUAAAGUGGGUGAGCAAAAGCACGAGUGUGUGAUUCUACUCACUUCACAAAGCGCCUGGCUCAUCACUCAAUUCCGCUUCGUGUUUGGAUUCAUCCUGCCAUUCUUGAUUAUCGUUAUAUGCCACUGGUUGGUCUACAGGAGAGCUGACAGUAAACGAGCAGACAACAGAAGACGCUCCAUGCGGAUGCUGAAGGUCAUCGUUGCCGUGGUGCUAAGCUUCUUUGUGUGCUGGCUGCCCCUGCACAUCGUCGACUUCUUAGUGUUGGUGACACCUCGAAAAUCACCUCAUAGCCCAUCUGUGUACCUGGCCCAUGUUUUGACGCUAUGCCUGGCGUACUUCAACAGUUGCCUCAACCCACUCCUUUACGUAUGUCUGGGAAGAGGCUUCAAAAACACCAUGAAUCGCUCCUUAUGCAACAUCUUACACUUACUCGGCGAAGACAAUGUAUCCAAGAAAAGCACUGGUACUCGUGAAACCAAAGCCACAAGCUCCUCAGAAAAGGCGAUGACUAACGUGUGA